AAAUGAUUUGCAACAAUGGCAAAACAAUUCGGAACAAUUCAGAACUUUUUGCAACAGGCGCAACGUUUUGCAACUGAAUAGACGUAAUGAAUGCACCCGUGGUAUAGCCUAUCUCGCGCGAAGCUCUCUUUUAACCUUUGAACUGCAAGCGAAAUCAGCUGAUUUCGUCACAUGACAUAGCUCUCUAGCUUGGACACUGUGCGCUAAGCAUAACAAUUCGGAAGAGGGAAGAAAUAACAGUGAAAUAUUAUAAAAUACAAGGAAUACAUUCACAUCGAUAGAAACUCCUGGUUAUUACUCCUCCCUUGCCAUGCCGUGAAAGACGGGGGGGUGAACCCUUGACCCUGAGGUGACCAGGCUGUGAUUAAACCAGAGGAGGUGAAGGAGGAGACGGACAUGCACCCGUACGGCUGCGAGGCAGAGACCUCCCUACAGGAGCUGUUUGAUUUCUUCACUCGGUGUCUUCAGAAUGCAGAGUGGGAACUGGCUGGAGCCUGUGUGCCUCAGCUGUGUGACGCUGGAGGAGAAGUGUCACAACGGCUACGGGACAUCAUCAAGGCCAUCAUCACCUACCCUUACCCGCUAGAAUGGGAGAGUGUGGGCAGCCCUCACAAACUGGCCUGGCUUUGGCUUCAAGUCCUGGAGAAAUGGACCAAGGAAGAGGUUUCUGUUUCAGUCAGGAGAGAACUAGAGUUCCUGCUGCUUCUAGAGGAGCUAGGAGACGAGGUGCCAGAGACGACGCUCAAGGAACUCCACCAGGCCUUCCUAACCACCCAGUCGGAGGAGAGAAAGGGAUCAGGGGUCCCAGGGGCGGGCGAUGCUCAGAGUCCAGGGAUAGAGACCUGUCUCGAGGCCUUGUUGGACCAGAAGAGACCCAGAGUGGCCCAGGCUCUGGUUAGCUUCCUGGAGGACCACCCCAGGAGUGUUAACACAGGGAACCACAUCCUACAGGACACAUUCAUCAGAUACCUGAUGGAGAGAGUGGAGCAUCUUGGUCCAGGCUCAGAGAAGAUGGAGGGCUGGGCGGAGGAGAUGUGUGUGGUCCUUGCCCUGAUGCCCCUGAGGUCGGAGCGAGGUGGAGGAGGCGGGGUGGAGGCCCUGUGUGAGGCCCUGUGGAGGGCCAGACACGGGCCCCUGAGAGAAGAGAGGGUCCUGAGCUCCCUGCUACGGCCCCGCUGCCACACCUUGCUCUCCCAUUACUGCUCUACAGCACUCAGGCUGCACAGAGACCGACUACUGAGAGAGACUCCCAGCACCCAGGUGGAUCUUCCUGAAGCGGAGAAGUUACUGCUGGGCUUGUGUUGUCAUGGGGACCGGCCUUCCGUCUGGAAAACCAUUUACUUUGAGUGCCUUAGCAGCGGCAAGCACUUCCUCGAACGGGUCCUGGUGACUGCUCUGGACCUGGUGAAGAGGGAGGAGUUCUGUAGGCUAGAGGACCUGCUGAAGGGGGAGUUCCAGCCUCUGUCUCGCCUCCUGCUACUCCUGGGGUGGACCCAGUGCCAAAGCCUGCUCUCAGCUCAGACCUUGCUACGCCUCCUACACCACGACCAGGCGCUGGCCAACGACUCCGUUCUGAAAGAGUUUGCCAACGGUCUGUCUUCUCAAUUGGGAGUGUUGGAGUGGUGUGUUGAGAGCAACCCAGGGAUCCCCAAGGAGGCGUUGCUUGGCCAGCUGCACACACUAGACAGUCACUCAGCCUUGUACGUCCUUCACUGUCUCACCCCUCUGGCCCAGAAUGAGGAACACAUGGUACUGGACCUGCUGAAUAGACAGACCAAACCUAGCGGAGCAGAUGAGUUCAGUGUGGUGGUAGACAGCCCCAGUCCGAUGGUCCAGAGAAAUCUGGUUCUGUACAGGGGGUUCUGCGCUAUGAAAUACGCCCUGUACGCCAUGUGUAUCACCGCUCACAAGUACAGUGGCUGCUCCGACUGUGGCACCGCGCAGUCCACACCUGAGGCUGAGAAGGACCAGAGCCAGGCCUCAACCCCCCUCCAAGACUGUCCUCCCCUGUUCCAGCUCUACCUGUCUGAGUGUCAGAUCUACCUGGAGGCAGUACCUGCUAUGUUCCGUCUGGAACUACUGGAGAACAUCUUCUCUCUGCUCUUCCUGUCCAUCGCUGAUUUUACCCUCCACAACCAUCAGGGGGCGACGACGAGCACAGGCCAGACAGAACACUCCGAAGGGAAGAACAGAAAAGGACAACAGGAAGGGAAGAAGAGAGGAGAUGGACAGGAGGAGAAAGAAAGCUCGGGCAAAGCCGAAGUAGUUGGAAGAGGAGAAGAGGAUCAGAGCAAAAUGACAAAAGAGAACCAUCACCAACCCCCUGACUUCCCCUUCUCAGCGUCCCAACGGAGUCACCUUGAUCUGGGCCACUUGACGGCAGGCUCCAGGGGCUUCCUAGUGGACCUCGGGGCCAUGGAGGGGUUCCUGCGGCUGCUGAGAGAGAGUCUGGAAGGGGUGGUGGUAGUGGGUCAGCGGGCGGGGCAGGAGGAGGGUAGGGCUCUGGCCGGGGAGGUAGAGGCGGCAGAGAGUCUGGGUUGCUCUGUGACGGCAGAGACUUUCGGGGCCCGGCUGCAGAGACUGUCCAAGAGGACGGCCGAAGCCCAGUGGAGACUACAGAUUAUCACUUCCAACCAGGACAGCGGCAACGUCUCAGACCCCCAGCCCCAGACCCCCACCCAGCCCCAGGCGUCUCCAGCAGCCAGUCCUGCCUCCUGUCUAAAAGGAAGAAGCAGCAGUACUGGGGUCAGGAGGAGGAAAAGGCCUAGACGACAACACUCUGACAGACAACCCUCCACAGAGAUACACAAGGGAGAGGUCAGCGCCAGCCCCUCAGAUGGAAGUGGCGGAGCCGGGCGGUCGGAGUGGGAGGUGUGCCCCUGUGGAAGUAUGGGUAGCUGGGUAGUUCCGGCCAUGCUGUCUCCACCUGAGUCCCUGCUCAUGGCCUGCAUCCGCCGAGGAAACUACAUGGAAGCACACCAGGUGUCUCUGAUGUUUGGCCUGGAGGGGUCAUGGUGCUUUGGGGAACUGGUCUUCAUGGAGCAUUACCGGGAAGUCCUGGAGGAGCUGGGUCGCGUGGAGCAGAAGAUGGAGACCCACUCUUUAUCUUCGUCCUCCUCUUCCUCAGAGGGCCUGGGAGCGACGGUCGUGGCGCCCGCCCCGGGGCGUAGUCGCCUGGGAAGUAGUGGGCGCUCCACCCUGCAGGCCAUCGGGAGCGCUGCCGCUGCUGGCAUGGCUUUCUAUUCCGUCUCUGACGUGGCAGACCGUCUCCUUUCCACCCCUGGUCGCCCCGUUCCGUCCCUGGAGGAGGGCUACUGGCUGGGCCGCUGUGUCCUGGACCCCCCAGGGACAGGCCUCCUGCACACCCUCCUGGAGGAGCUCAGCCCCCCUGCCAUGGCUGCCUUCGACCUGGCCUGCUGUCACUGCCAGCUGUGGAAGACCUCCAGACAGCUGUUGGACACGGCAGAGAGACGGCUACACAGCAGUCUGGAGGGAAGAGGACUGAGGGUGGAACCCAAGGUGAAACACUCUGAGGGUAUCCGAGGGUUUCCUGCGAUGCUCCAACAGAUGGGGAAGAUCCUCAACCACACAGCCAGUCAUAGUGGCAACAAGGGCCCCGCCAAGACAGAAUCCAUUGUGGAGGACCACGUUGUGUCCAGUCCUUUAGGCUGCUGUAUACAGGAAGUGUUGCUGUGCUGCCACCCUGUGCUGAGUGAGGAGGGCAUCGCUACCCGACUGAGCCUGGCACAGCACCUAGAGAUCACCUUGCUGACCCUGUCCACCGCUACAGAAACCACAGUGGAGAGUCCUGCUGGUGCCCUCCUAACAGCCCUGGUAGAGCAGGCCAGUCUGAAACAGUCGGAGUUGGAAUCCCACCCGGUCCGUUCCUCCAUGAAGCAGCUGCUGAGGUCGAUGGACCAGCUGUGUCCCUUCGAGCCCCGGGGCUCCCCUUGCAGGCCAGACUACAUGAGGAGCUUCGUGGACUACGUCAACACGCUGGCGUCGGUGUUGAUACACAGCCUGGGAUCUGAAGACCAAAACAGUGAGGUGAAGUUGGGGAACCCACUCCUGGUUCUCCUCCAGGCCCCAUCUCAGCUGCUCUCUCACCUGCUGUUUGAAAGACAGGUGGCUCCGGACAGAGUUUUGUCUCUGUUGCAGCAGGAGGGUCUGCGUCUGAGUGUCCAGCAGGUGAUCGUGCAGCGUUGCUGUGAGGCUCUGCCUUUGUGGGACUGGUGCCCCGAACCAGAGAGGGAAGCUAGCCCCAGGGGAGAGGCUGGUUCUGGGGGAGAGGCUGGUUCUGGGGGAGAGGCUGGGCAAGGACAGACCGGACCAGGGGAAGGGGUGUUUAGGACUGCCAGCCUGGCAGCCCUGCUACGGCUACAGACUCAGGAACACUUGUCAAUGCUGGGCAUCACUGAGCCUCAGUCCCAGUCCCCCAGCUCUGAAUCUGAAGCCUCUCCCGCGCUGGAGGACCUCCGAGCAACUACACCUCCCGUCCUCAUCUUGUCCUCUUCUCUUUCACCUCCGCGACCAACUUCCUCUUCCUCCUCUUUUCUCCUCACACCAUCAACCCUGUCUUUUCUCAAAUCCCGCUCCCCUCUCCUGGCCACCGUUGCCUGUCUAAGUGCCAGUCCACGAGGUGCUGCCCGGGUACAGCCGUCCGGUUGGCUGGUGUUCCGGGGCGGAGGGCGUAAAGAGUGUGUGCUGGACGGGGAGCAGAUCUCCAGGGAGGGGGAAAGCCUGCUUAGAGACUUCCCCAUCCUGAGGGCCUACCUGGGGGCCAUGGUUCAGCCCGUCCUGGGUACUUCGCUGGGGGCUGGGGAGGAUGGAGCCGGUGGCGGAGAUGCUGGAGGUCUUGGGGCAGCCUUAUGUGGUAAGCCCCUGGUGGUUUUACUCCUGUCGGGCCCUCAGGGGACACCUGCCCAGGCUGUGGCUAUGGAAGCCUUCCAGCAGGCCCUGGCCUCUCGGGACCUGGGCAGGGCUCUGAGCCUGCUGGAGCUGUAUGGACAGGGCUGCAGCCAGGAGAGGGUGCUCCGAGACAGACUACUAGCCUGGGCUGCUCUGGAGGAUGGCGAAGACAGCAUAGGCCAGUUGUUCAGAGUACAGGACCCAUGUCUGAGGGCCCGUGUGGCCUUACAGGCCCUGGAGCGCUGGCCCCUCGGGCCCUCUCUGGAGCUGAUGGAGUUCUGCCUCAACAACCCCCACAUGGAGGCCUCUCUCAGGGGAGAGCUGGAGCUCAGGAAGACAGAGCUGGACAUCUACCAACGGAUGUUGAACCUGCUGCCUUCGUUGCCAUGGGCCACCUGGCAGGAGCUGAGGACAGAGUCCAGGAGAGACCCUGAGUCCAUGUUUUCUAGGAUGUUGGAAGCCAGGGAGUUUUCUCUGUGUGCCCAGUGGAUGGCGCUGUACUCUGUGUCAGACCACCUCAGAUUACAGCUGCAGACUGAACACCUGCUACACCUGCUGGAGAAAGGACAGACUGACAACGCUUUCCAGCUGCUGGAGGGCCUAUCAGACUUAACCUUGGGUCUGGAGGUGUGUGAGCGCGCUCUGGACCGCCGGCCCGGAUUGGCUGCCUGCCACUUCCUGGCUAACUACCUCACUCUCCACUUCCAGUGCCAAGUGUCCCCCGCCCGCCGACGCCACAUCCACGACCUUCACCUGGGAUCCAAGGUCCUCCUCACCCUCCCCCCUGGCGCCAGACAGGACUACUUCCCCCUCCUUUCUGAGCCACUAUUAAUGCUGGAACAGCUCCUGAUGAACCUGAAGGUGGACUGGGCUGAAGUGGCGGUGAGGACGUUACAGAACCUACUAUUAGGCCGGGAGGACGGCUUCACCGCCCACGACAUAGACAAACUACUCUCUAACUACGCCUGCAAGGCCCUGGACUUCCCCUACGCACCCAGGGAGAAGUCUCGCUCCGAUUCUGUGAUCAGUCUCCAGGAUGACCAGUGUCCAGCCCAGGACAGCUGUCCAUCCACCCCCUCUAGGAUGGGAACACCUCCACCUACUGCAGGUAGUACCCCCAUGCACACCUCGUCCUCCGGCAGUUCUCUGGACAGAGGGUCGACCGGCAGGAGAAUCCAGCGCUCCCCCGAUCAGUUCCAGCCCCCAGACAGAGCCCCGGUUCGUAAGGACUGGGUCCCAGACAACCAGCAGCAUGUCUGCAUGGUCUGCCAGCGAGAACGCUUCACCAUGUUCAACAGGCGUCACCACUGCAGGAGGUGUGGUCGUCUGGUGUGCCAUGCCUGCUCCGACCACAAGAUGGCGGUAGAGGGCUGCACUGAGGAGGAGGAGGAGGAAGUGCGCGUGUGUGACCAGUGUUACAGCUACUUCCAUCCAGAUUCUGAUGAGACGCUGGAACAAGCUGAAGUUGCAGGUAGUCCUAUGUCGACAGAGGGAGUGUUAGAUUCAAUGCUUCACCUGCCAGAGGUCACUCACCGUCAGUUUCACCUCAGCACCAACCCUACAGACAACCUGCAACUACAGACAGAUUUCUACUAUGAACAGGCUCCCAGUGCGUCUCUAUGUGUGGCCAUCCUGUCCCUCCAUAGCGACCAGACAGCCUGUGGACACCAGCUAAUUGGACACUGCCGCUCACUGUCCCGUAAACUAACCAAUCCCGAGGUGGACGCUCGCCUCCUCACCGAUGUCAUGCGCCAGCUUCUGUUCAGCGCCAAACUGAUGUUCGUCAAGGUGGGCCGCAGCCAGGACCUGGCCCUGUGUGACAGCUACAUCAGUAAAGUAGACGUCCUGAAGAUCCUGGUAACGGCCAACUACAAGUACAUCCCCUGUCUGGAUGACAUCCUGGAGACGGCUGCUGUCACACGGCUACGCAACCAGCUACUGGAGGCAGAGUACUACCAGCUAGCUGUGGAGGUGUCCACUAAGAGUGGUCUGGACCCAGGCGGCGUGUGGCAGGCGUGGGGAAUGGCCUCCCUCAAGGCAGGGAACUUGACUGCUGCUCGGGAGAAGUUAUGUCGCUGUCUGAAAGCUCCGGUGGACAGAAAUCAGCUCAACCUGGGUCCUCGGCUGCUGCAGGAGAUAGUCUCUCAUCUGGAGAGCACCGUCAGAUCCACGCUGGCCACGUCUUUCAGCGAGGACAUCCUGUGGUCUCUGAGGGAGCUUGAGGAAGCUCUUUGUGAGCCUGGAGGAUCAGUGGACUGGCCAGAGGGGGUUCAGGGUCAGGGUAACAGCCUGUAUCAAGAGAGCUUGUACUACCUGUCCAGCUACGGGACUCACCUGGCUCUGGUCUCCUUCCUGAUGAGACACGACAACAUGAAGGAUGCCCUGCAGCACCUACUCAGCAAGGAAUGUCCAGAGGAGGUGUUCCUGGAGGGCGUAUUACCACACCCUAGUCUAGAGAGGGGUCGUCUGGGGAUGCUGCAGGGGUUACUGGAGACCCUAGAUCCAGGCCUGGAGGUCUGUAGCCGAUACCUCCUCUCCUCCUGUCAACUGCUACAGCCGGGACACUUCCACACACUAUACCAGCUACAACAGUUCAUGAUGGACCACGUACGGCCGGCCACCACGUGUAUCCGGUUCUUCACCCACCUCGUGUCCUACGUACAGCUGGGAGACCAGCGGAGAUGGCUGGUUCGGGCCAGGCACCUCAGAACCUACCUUCAGGAGCAACAGGGAACACGUACCAACAGCACUAACAGGAAGAAGAGCACCUCUAACUCCUAGAAAAAGAUGUCUUCUAGUGAUGUGUCCAGACACAUGAACACGAUAGAGCUCCAGCUGGAGGUGACUCGGUUCCUGCAUCACUGUGAAACAUCCAGCUCCGCCCCCACCUCCUCUGCCUCCUCCAGCACUCCUCCCACUCUGUUCGGCCCCAGCUCUAUGAAGAUCGAUGUAGCCUGCAAGGUGAUGUUGGGAGGAAAGAACAUCGAAGAGGGGUUUGGUAUCGCAUACCGAGUCAUACAGGACUUCCAGCUGGAAGCCUUGACGGUGUACGUGCGUGCGGGCCAGAGGCUUGUGCGCCAGCGUCAGUACCGGGCCGUGCGCCAGCUGCUGAAGUGCGUGGGCGAGUCGGGCACCGCCACCAAGAACGACUGUGAUGUCAUCAUACUCAGCUGCGUCUCCAUCGCAGAUAAGGGGCCCACAGACGCCAAGGAGUUGGAGUGUCUCAUUUUGGAGACAAAGAGCAUAGAGAACAAGAUUAAGGCCUACCUGCAGGUGAGUAAACUGCGAGCGGCCUAUCUCCUAGCUGUAAAGCUGGAUACAACCAGGGCCGGGCCGCUGGUUCGGGAAGUCCUCCAGACAGCGGAGGGCGUCGGAGACUCUGUCAUGCAGGACAUCUGUUGCCAGUGGCUGUCUGAGCACAAGGACAGGGACAGAAAGACGCCGCCUCCUACAAAACAAGACCGACCCAACGCCAAGUAAACCCACGAGGGGGAGGGGCACAUGGGCCGUGUUCGUUACGCACCAAACGGGGACUCGUCUCAUCAGAAAUGCUCGUUUUAGUUCUCUGUUGCAAAAAAAAAAAUUAUAACAAGAUUUUCUAUUUGUUGUGUGUGCCCCUAAUGAACACGACCCGUAAUCGUUGUUCUGGAGACACCUAGUUCAGGUUACAAGAUGGGGAACCAGACAUCAUCAGGGAAUAACAGAUCGCACUUCAACUAGAAACGCCACGAGUGGAACAACAAGACACCUUGCCUGGACUCUGUGACUGACUUCCUCUUCCUCACUGAAAGUAGUGAAACACCGUUGUGCCGACUGUCUCAUCUGGAGGGUUGACUGACUACAGCCAGACAACACUGUCUCUCCCUCUCUCUCUCUCUCAUCUGGAGAGUUGACUGACUACAGCCAGACAACACUGUCUCUCUCUCAUCUGGAGAGUUGACCGACUACAGCCAGACAACACUGUCUCUCUCUCUCUCUCUCUCUCUCUCUCUCUCUCUCAUAUAUCUGGAGAGUUGACCGACUACAGCCAGACAACACUCUCUCUCUCUCUCUCUCUCUCUCUCUCUCUCUCUCUCUUUCUCUCUCUCUCUCUCAUCGGGAGAGUUGACCGACUACAGCCAGACAACACUCUCUCUCUCUCUCUUUCUCCUCUCUCUCUGUCUCUCUCUCUCUCUCUCUCUCUCUCUCUCUCUCUCUCUCUCUCUCUCUCUCUCUCUCUCUCUCUCUCUCAUAUAUCUGGAGAGUUGACUGACUACAGCCAGACAACACUGUCUCUCUCUCUCUCAUCUGAAGGGUUGACUGACUACAGCCAGACAACACUGUCUCUCUCUCUCUCAUCUGGAGAGUUGACCGACUACAGCCAGACAACACUGUCUCUCUCUCUCUCAUCUGAAGGGUUGACCGACUACAGCCAGACAACACUGUCUCUCUCUCUCUCUCUCUCUCAUCUGGAGAGUUGACCGACUACAGCCAGACAACACUGUCUCUCUCUCUCUCUCUCUCUCUCAUCUGAAGGGUUGACCGACUACAGCCAGACAACACUGUCUCUCUCUCUCUCUCAUCCGGAGGGUUGACUGACUACAGCCAGACAACACUGUCUCUCUCUCUCUCUCAUCUGGAGGGUUGACUGACUACAGCCAGACAACACUGUCUCUCUCUCUCUCUCAUCCGGAGGGUUGACCGACUACAGCCAGACAACACUGUCUCUCUCUCUCUCAUCUGGAGAGUUGACCGACUACAGCCAGACAACACUGGGAUGAAUCUAACCACGCUGAAUUGUUGAGUUGUUGACCACUUUAUCUAGUAAAACUGACGUCUGGGAUAAGCACAGAAGAUACACAUACCAGAGUAAUAUCACAGGCAACACUGGUGUACGGAUAGUUCUUGAGUUGUAUCUCCUACCUCAGUUAAAAAAGGGAUCGAUCUUUUGUUUUCACCAACCUUCAAGCCUAGUAAUAAUAUAUAAAUAUAUAUAAUAUAUAUCUUUGUGACAAAAUAAACAACUUGCCGUAAUGUAAAUAAUUCCUAACUUCUUCUUCCCCCAUUUUUUAAAGAUGUUUUUUUUCUCUUUGUUGUUAGUUAGAAAGAAUUUAAAGAUGAAAACAAGUGUUGGUGUUACAAGCCUGUCAAAUAUACACACACACACACAAGUGUAGAUUAUAUUGAUGAUUUAAGAGUUUCUGCACUUUUUUGAAAGUCAAAGGAGUGGGGUUUUCAUUAGAAGGGAUGUCUGUUACUGUCUAUCAGCUCGACCUGCCACUAGUCAACCCCCUUCAAUUAUCUGCCCAUGGAGCUAUUUCCUAGCCUGAAAUCCAGACCUGUUGUUGUUGGUGUUGCUAACAUUCCACUUCUAGUACUCGGCAAGGACACAGAGUGGCAAGUGAUAUACAAACGGACUGGUACCCAUGCUAGCAAUUGCUUGUAAGAAUCACUAGAAUUAAAGAUGAGCUUUAUAUAGAAUACAAAACGAACAAAAACUUGGAGCGAGUUGGAUUUAGUGAGGGACUCUCUCUCUCUCUGCCUCUCUCUCUGUCUGUCUCUCUGUAUCUCUCUCUCUGUCUCUCUCUCUCUCUCUCUGCCUCUCUCUCUGUCUCUCUCUCUCUCUCUCUGCCUCUCUCUCUGUCUCUCUGUCUCUCUCUCUCUCUCUCUCUCUCUGGAUAUGUUUUAGGACUUAAAACACUGUUUCAAUUCUAGAUCAUGAGAUAAAGAGGUGGUACCUUAAUGUUACAGGUCAAUAUUAUUGUCUCCUUAAAGCCUAUCAUAUCUGUCUGUUUCAUAUGUGUGUUUUUUAUGGUAUCUGUCUUUGACCCGGGAACUACGUUGCUGUGACCAUGUUUUGUAUAUAUCCCUUUGUUCCUGGUGUGUGACUUUAACAGGUCCCAAAUGGCACCCUAUUCCCUACUUAGUGCACUACGAGGCCCUAGUUUAAUAGUAGUAGUGCACUAAAUAGGGAGUAGGGUGCCGUUUGGGACACGAACCCUUUGACCUCCGACCUCCCGUGUGUCCUAUGCGGGGGUCAGAUGUGUUUAAUGGGCCUUUAACGCGUACUUUAAUCAAUCGAGAUUAAGAGAUCGAGAUGUCGCAUUUAGAAAAGGGAUUUUUGUUGGCCGUAUUUGUUAUAGUCAUGAUCAAUUUAACAACAUAUUCAUUGUCUAAAUGUAACUCUUUUGUUUACAUAAUUGCCCGUUUUUUUUAUUUCUCCCUUUAAUAGCGAUCCCAGAGAUUACACCAUAAUGUUUAUUUCUCACUUUAAUCCCAGAGAUUACACCAUAAUGUUUAUUUCUCACUUUAAUCCCAGAGAUUACACCAUAAUGUUUAUUUCUCACUUUAAUCCCAGAGAUUACACCAUAAUGUUUAUUUCUCACUUUAAUCCCUCAGAUUACACGUAAUAAACAUUUUUAUUUCUCACUUUAAUCCCUCAGAUUACACGUAAUAAACCAUUUUAUUUCUCACUUUAAUCCCUCGGAUUACACCGUAAUAAACCAUUUUAUUUCUCACUUUAAUCCCUCGGAUUACACCGUAAUAAACCAUUUUAUUUCUCACUUUAAUCCCUCGGAUUACACCGUAAUAAACCAUUUUAUUUCUCACUUUAAUCCCUCGGAUUACAUGUUACUUUAAUCAUAACAAUAUACAAGAGUAUGUGGACACGCCUACAAAUUUGUGGAUUCGGCUAUUUUAGCCACACCUGUUGCUGACAGGUGUAUAAAAAUAUAUAAAAUCGAGCACACAGACAUGCAAUCUCCAUAGACAAACAUUGGCUGUAGAAUGGCCCUUACUGAAGAGCUCAGUGACUUUCAACGUGGCGCCAUCAUACGAGGCCACCUUUCCAACAAGUCAGUUUGUCAAAUUUCUGCCCUGCCAGAGCUCCCUCGGUCAACUGUAAGUGCUGUUAUUGUAAAGUGGAAACGUCUAGGAGCAACAACGGCUCAGCCGCAACGUGGUAGGCCACACAUGCUCACAGAACGGGAACGCCGAGUGCUGAAGCGGGUAGCAUGUAAAAACCAUCUGUCCGCGGUUGCAACACUCACUACGGAGUUCCAAAAUGCCUUUGGAAGCAACGUCACCACAAGAACUGUUGGUAGGUAGCUUCAUGAAAUGGGUUUCCAUGGCAGAGCAGCCGCACACAAGCCUAAGAUCACCAUGUGCAAUGACAAGCGUCGGCUGGAGGGGUGUAUAGCUUGCGGCCAUUGGACUCUGGAGCAGUGGAAACGCGUUUUCUGGAGAGAUGAAUCACGCUUCACUAUCUGGCAGUCCGACGGACAAAUCUGGGUUUGGCGGAUGUCAGGAGAACGCUACCUGCCCGAAUGCAUAGUGCCAACUGUAAAGUUUGGUGGAUGAGGAAUAAUGGUCUGGGGCUGUUUUUCAUGGUUCAAGCCCCUUAGUUCCAGUGAAGGGAAAUCUUAACGCUACAGCAUACAAUGACAUUCUAGAUGAUUCUGUGCUUCCAACUUUGUGGCAACAGUUUGGAGAAGGCCCUUUCCUUUUUCAGCAUGACAAUUCCCCCGUGCACAAAGCGAGAUCCGUGUGGAAAAACUUGACUGGCCAGAGCCCUGACCUCAACCUCAUCGAAUACCUUUGGGAUGAAUUAGAACGCCGACUGUUAGCCACCAAACAUCAGUGCCCGACCUCACAAAUGCUCUUGUGGCUGAAUGGAAGCAAGUCCCUGCAGCAAUGUUCCAACAUCUAGUGGAAAGCCUUCCCAGAAGAGUGGAGGCUGUUAUAGCAGCAAUGUUCCAACAUCUAGUGGAAAGCCUUCCCAGAAGAGUGGAGGCUGUUAUAGCAGCAAUGUUCCAACAUCUAGUGGAAAGCCUUCCCAGAAGAGUGGAGGCUGUUAUAGCAGCAAUGUACCAACAUCUAGUGGAAAGCCUUCCCAGAAGAGUGGAGGCUGUUAUAGCAGCAAUGUUCCUACAUCUAGUGGAAAGCCUUCCCAGAAGAGUGGAGGCUGUUAUAGCAGCAAUGUUCCAACAUCUAGAGUGGAGGCUGUUAUAGCAGCAAUGUUCCAACAUCUAGUGGAAAAAGCCUUCCCAGAAGAGUGGAGGCUGUUAUAGCAGCAGUGUUCCAACAUCUAGAGGAAAGCCUUCCCAGAAGAAUGGAGGCUGUUAUAGCAGCAAUGUUCCAACAUCUAGUGGAAAGCCUUCCCAGAAGAGUGGAGGCUGUUAUAGCAGCAAUGUUCCAACAUCUAGUGGAAAGCCUUCCCAGAAGAGUGGAGGCUGUUAUAGCAGCAAUGUUCCUACAUCUAGUGGAAAGCCUUCCCAGAAGAGUGGAGGCUGUUAUAGCAGCAAUGUUCCAACAUCUAGAGGAAAGCCUUCCCAGAAGAAUGGAGGCUGUUAUAGCAGCAAUGUUCCAACAUCUAGUGGAAAGCCUUCCCAGAAGAGUGGAGGCUGUUAUAGCAGCAAUGUUCCUACAUCUAGUGGAAAGCCUUCCCAGAAGAGUGGAGGCUGUUAUAGCAGCAAUGUUCCUACAUCUAGUGGAAAGCCUUCCCAGAAGAGUGGAGGCACCAAUUCCAUGUUAUUUUUGACAGAAAUGUUCGAUAAGCAGGUGUCCACAUACUUUUGAUCGUGUAGUGUAUCUACAUUGCUGACCGGCCCGGUUAAAAUUCACAAUAGAUAUUCAUUCACUUUUGAUUGAAGUUCUGUUUGUUAGCAAUCAGCCUGUCUGGUCAUGUGAUGAGGUGCUGUGCUACAUCAUCAUAUACAGUACCAGUCAAAAGUUUGGACACACCUACUCAUGUCAGGGUUUUUCUUUAUUUUUACAUUGUAGAAUAAUUGUGACGACAUCAAAACUAUGAAAUAACUCAUGUAGUAACCAAAAAAAAUAGCCACCUUUUGCCUUUGACAGCUUUGCACACUCUUGGCAUUCUCUCGACCAGCUUCACCUGGAAUGCAGUUCCCACAUAUGCUGAGCACUUGUUGGCUGCUUUUCCUUCACUCUGCAGUCCAAACCAUCUCAAUUGGGUUGAGGUCAUCUAAUGCAUCACUCCCCUUCUUGGUCAAAUAGCCCUUACACAGCCUGGAGGUGGGGAAUAUGGUGCCAUUUAGGACACAAGUCUUGUUGCGCUCUGGCCCCCUAUCCCAAAUUGCGCCCUAGCACCGUUCCCCCUAGGCACUCACUUAUCUUCCCUUCCUUCCCUGAUGCACUCUGGCCUCUACAAAACAAGAGCAAAUGACUAUCCCCAAUGACACCCUAUGUAGUGAAUAGUUCCAUUUGAAACAUACCCCAAUGACCCCCCCCCCUCCCCCCUUUCUUUGGUUGAAGAAACAACGUCAUCAAUUUGGUUAUAAUAAUAAUGCAGGUAUGAUUAUUGAUCACAGGAAAUGUGAGGAGUGUGAUAAUGAUUUCCUGUCUUAAAGCGGCCAUGUUGGCAGAAGGGUAAUGAAGUGGGGGGGUUUUUCAAUUGGAGGAGGCUGGUGGGAGUAGAUAUAGGAGGACUGAGCCCGUUGUAAUGGAAUGAAUGGAACCUUAUGGAAACCACAUGUUUGACUCUGUUCCAAUGAAUUCCGUUCAAAUCAACUGUGAUUAGUCGCGUGUGCCGAAUACAACAGGUGUAAACAUUACAGUGAAAUGCCUGACUGACGAGUGCUUAACCAACGAUGCAGUUUAAAAUAAAAUAAAACGCAUUACAAUGUGCCUAUCCUCCUAUAGCUCCUCCAACCAGCCUCCUCUGUUGUGUGCGACACAAUUACUAAACAUAAACAAAUAGUAGCUAGUAAUGUUAUAUUUUAUUUACAGAUGUGAACAUUAAACUCCUGACAUGA